ACGGAAAGUCCAACCUGCCUUCCGAGUAGUUCCGACUUCCCUAUAAAUUACAAAUUAUCUUGACAAACGUUUGAAAAAGCUGCCUGAGCUCCGUUUACUCUUCCCAUUCUGCCUCUCUCUCUCUCUCUCUACCCACAGAUAUCAAUAGUUAGGUUUCUUUUCUCUUUCCCUCUGUUUUUGACUAUUGGUAUUUGGUGGAUUUAAGUCAUGAUUUGGUAGUUUUCCGGCGAGAAUCAUGCUGUUUCCCGGCAGUCAAACCGGCGGGCCUAGUAUUUUCCCGUCACCGGAGCAAACCAUGGAUACUCAACUGGAAAAGGUCUUUGUCGCUGUCGGUAACGAUUUGCACCAAGGGUUGGGAACUUUGGAUUGGGCACUCAAAAAAUGGUCUGGCCGCCAAAGAAUCUGCUUCGUCAUUGUUCAUAUUGAUAACAAUCCCAGGGAUUUGGGUUAGGAGAGAAGCUGAGAUGGGUUUGUUGUUUUACUUCAUAAAUCAGUUGGGAAGCUUCCUGCAACUUCAGUAAACGAUGAGAAGCUGGAGAUUAUUAGGAUUUGUGAACAGGAGAAGACAGACAAAUUGUUGUCCAAGUACAAGGCUUUCUGCGGCAAGUUGAAAGCCGAAGUUCUUAAAAUGGAGAAAACAGAGGAACCAAUUCAAAAAGCAAUUGUUGGAUUGAUCUCAAGCCAUCAGGUGACCAAAUUGGUUAUGGGGAUCACACUCGUAAAACAGUCAUCUUGGAAAACCAAAGGCGCCAUUAGUGGAUCUUUUUACAUACACAGACACGAACCCAGUUUCUGUGAACUGUAUAUAAUCUGCGGAGGGAAAUUGGUUUUUCUUAGGGAAGAAAACGAUGAAGAGUACAUGGAGGAUGAAAGGGGGGUAAUGGUUGCUAAGAUGAAAGAGAAAGGAGGAAGUGUGAAAAGUUGGUUUGGGAAGAUGUUCAUAGACAGCGCGGCUAACCAUGAGCCUCACGCUCUUGGAAGAAGCUAUCAUCAUCGUAGCGCGCCACCUACCUCGGCCGCCAUGGAUACAGAGUCAGUAAGCUCGCCUGAUUGGUGGGAGGAUUAUGCCCCAGAAGUUGAAAGCUAUUUCCAGUGUUUGCCUUCUUCGAAUUUGAUUGAAAAAGAGGAUACCAAGCAGUCUAAUCCUACUAAGACAGCCAAGUUGAAGCUUGAACACAUCGUUAAUGGUGAUUUUACGGGUGCCUCGAGCAGAAUCGAAACCUUAAAAGCUAAGAUACAAGAAGUUCAAAAAUUCAUAGAAGAGAGAAAAGAAGAAGCUAAGGGAUACGUGGAGAGACAAUUGCGAGCUGCAUCUGUAAUUACUUUGUGCAAUCGAAGGGCGGUAGAACUGGAAGGUCGUAUAAGUGGAGAGAUCAACAAUAAAACUGAUCUAAAGAACAAACUUGAAGCAGCUAGAGAACACAUCUACGAAGUAUCAAGAGAUAUCGAGGAGAGCAAGAGCAGGUUACGUUCCAUCCUUGAACUCCAAUCGGAGUUGGCGACCAAACUCCAGUCUACUUCUCUCUCAAAAUCACACGUCGAAGCCCAAUUGGAGAAUGCCACAGCAACGAGGACUGAGAUACUUCGCGAGAUGGAAGAGUUGCGUCGCCAAAGAGACUUGUUACUUAAGAGAAUCGAGUUCUGUAGGCAAAGGGAAGCCAUAGCUGCUGCCGCCGCCUCCGCCGCCCCCACGAGCUCAUCAGGUAGAGACGAUCAUUUAGAUUUCAGUUAUAGAGAGUUCGUGGCCGACGAGAUUAGAGAGGCCACUGAUAAUUUCUCGGAGCAAGUGAAGUUGAAAAGGAGAGAUGAUCAGACGAAUUCGUAUAGAGGAAUGUUCAACCAUAUGGCGAUUGCUAUCGAGUUGCAGGCUUCGGUCGCUGCUCUGUCUCAAGAAGAAUUCCGAGACAAGGUGGAGCUCCUAAGCCAGAUACGUCACCCCAAGCUGGUUAACAUGAUCGGUGCUUGCCAUGAGCUUAGAUGCAUCGUUUUCGAAUACAUGCAUAAUGGUAGUUUGCAUGAUCUCCUCUUCUUCACUCAGAGAAACCCUAAUUCUAAUCAUCAUUACAAGAGGAACCCUAAACGUCUUCCUUGGCACGUGCGCAUUCGAAUCGCAGCCGAUGUGUCUUUGGGCUUGGGGUUUCUACACUUGGCCCAGCCCAGGCCCAUCAUCCAUGGAGAACUGAACCUCUCCAACGUCCUCCUUGAUAGCAACCUUGUAGCUAAGAUCACUACAUCCAAGCUAUCUCAUUGCUCAGAGGAGUUACAGAUGCGAUCAGAUAUAUAUGCUUUUGGAGUUUUGAUGUUGCAACUUCUGACUGGUAGAGAAGGGGAUGGGCUGGUGGAGGAAGUAAGAAGGGCUAUGGAAGGUGGGACCCUAAAUGGGAUUUUGGAUGCGAUGGCUGGAGAAUGGCCAUUGGAUUUGACGAUGGAGUAUGCGAGGAUAGCGAUGAGGUGUGUGUGUAUAAACGGGAACAUGGAAUUGACGACAACUAUGGUGAUGAAAGAAGUGGAAGAGGUAAGAAGAAAGGCAGUAGAGCUCAUGGAGAUGGAAGGAUUUGAUAUGGCGGUGGAAGGAAGUGGGCAUAGGGACCACGGUGACAUUCCUUGCAUCUUCCUCUGCCCCAUUUUGCAAGAGGUGAUGAUUAACCCACAUGUGGCAGCAGAUGGGUUCUCAUACGAGCUAGGAGCCAUAGCAGAAUGGUUAGGGACAGGGCAUGAGACGUCACCUAUGACCAAUUUAAGGCUUGAUCACAAGCUACUCACCCCUAACCACACCCUUCGUUCUCUCAUUCAAGAAUGGCUUAAUAACUGAUCACCCAUUUCUUUCUUUUCUUGGUCUUUUGGGGUCCCAUUGUUAUUGUGGUUGAAUUGUAUUCGUUUAUUUGUUUCCUCACCUUCCCUUCUUCCUCAUAUAUAAGGGUUCUAGUGAAUGAGACCUGACCUUGAGAGCUUUAUGCCAUGAAGAGGGAAGUUUGUAUUUACGAAGAAAAAUAAAAGUAUAGUUUAGUUAGAAGACUUUUUGUUUUAUAGAAAAUAAGAAAAAUCAAGGUUAGAUUGUUGGU